AUGACUACAGAUUCAGAACCCAAACGUAGGAAAGUUUACGUGUAUCCUAAUAACCCGAGAUCCAUAUCGGUGUUUAGUGUCAGUGGACGACACCCCCUAAACGUAAAACCAAGUGGGAACUCCCUUUUGAACGACGACAUCGCCUUGACUAAAGUAAGAGAUGCAUUACUUGGGGCAUUUGCUUCCUUUCCCGAUGAACUAAUCCAGGAAGUUCUUAGCUAUGUCGAUGAUGUGGAAUCGCUCCGAAGUUUAGCACAUACUUCCAGGAUAUUUUAUGCAUUUUUGUAUGAUGAAGAACUAUGGAAGAAAUUAUAUGUAAAAGACAUCACAAUGUAUACCCACCAACCAUGGUUGGGAUCAUGGAGAAAUACCGUGUUGGGGAUUCACGAUUCAGCAGAUAUUCAGCUUCAAGAUAACCUCCUUUGCUCUGAUGUGCUUUAUAGGCCCUUCCAAUGUUCUCAAAUAAACUAUGCUAAAGUAUUUACCAAAAUCCUUCAUGAAGAAGAAACUUAUCAUCACGAUUCGUUGUUAGGACAGCUUGGAAAACUCCCACAGGGAAGAAUCUUACGAAUAAACGAAGCUGAUUUACUGAUUACAGAUUUCAACACGAACUACCAUGACACGCCAUUCAUACUUACCAACAGUGAUCCUCAACGAUGGCCCCAAUGGACAUUUCCUCAAUUAAUUAAAGAAUAUCUGGAUGUGAAAUUCCGUCAAGAGGCAGUGGAAUGGGAUCUUAACAAAUUUAGCCAAUACUUGCAAAACAACAAAGACGAAAACCCACUCUAUCUCUUCGACUGUAACUCCAUCGCCAUGCAGACUCUUCGAAAAGAAUACACACCACCAGCAAUAUUCCAACAAGAUCUCUUCACAGUAUUCACUAAAGAAGAACAAUUCACAUGUCGUCCCGACCAUGCCUGGUUGAUCAUGGGAUCGGCCCGAUCCGGUUCCACGUUUCAUAAAGAUCCAAACUACACAUGUGCCUGGAAUGUAGCCAUUACUGGACGUAAGCUCUGGAUCAUGCUUCCACCACAUAUUACCCCACCGGGAGUAUCUACUGAUGACGAAGAAAGCGAAGUCACAUCACCAGUUGGAAUUGCCGAAUGGGUCCUUUCCGGAUUCUUUAACGAUUCGCUCAAGAUCGCGGAAUGUGUUAUUGGAGUUACCUUCCCCGGCGAAUGUAUGUAUGUGCCUAGUGGAUGGUGGCAUAGCGUCAUCAAUAUCGAUGAUUCCAUUGCAAUAACUCAAAACUUUGUCCCUAUUUCAAAAUUAGCCAAUGCCUUGGAUUUCUUAAAGAAUAAACAGGGCCAAGUUAGCGGGUUUAGACCAAGAGAGAUUAAUCUGACGUUACACUAUCUUUUGAAGCAUGGAGCCGAUGAGCCAUCAUUCCAGAAAUAUGUGGACGUGUUCGACUCGUUAAACAUUGACGUUAAUGAAGAUUGUGGAGAAAUAGCAGAUCUUCCUGCCAUGCCCAUUUUUGAAUUGUUUGGUUAUUUGUUAAAACUUAAUGGUAUGGAAUCGCAAUUGGAUGAAGCUUUGGUUAAAUUGCAAAAGAUUGAAUUAAAGGCAUAUGAAAAGGAGAAUGGGAAAAGUAAGGCUUGGGAAAGGUUGACUGAACCUGCAUCAAAUAGUGCAUUCUCGUUUGGAUUCGACGAGAGCAGUGAUGAAGAGUGA